ACUCCUGUAUCACAUACACCCCUGCAAAUGAAUGCCCAAAUUGCCAAAUUCAAAAUAAGCUCAAAGUGCCAAAUUCAACUGCUGGCCUGUCCUUAGCCACAACUCUUUAACAUUCUACAUACAUCUUUGGCAAAAGACAAGUGUUUCCAUGCCCUUUAUUUUUGCUACUUCUAUUAAUAUUGUCACCUUGUGCUUCUGUUAAAUGCCAGUAAAUCUGCCUGCUGCUGUGGAAACUUCAAAUGUUCAUGUUUUCAGUGAUUCAUUCUUGCUUUCAACCCCCCUGCUCUCCAUCUACCUUUACGAAGCACAGAAGUCUGAAGCACAGAUUCCAUCACACCUAACAUCAGAGGUUUCUAUCGCUUUAGCUGUUGACCACUGAGAGAUGAACUAAAACCCCAAACUCAAGGACCUUAGGAGGUAUUUCCUGGACUGAAGGAAUCUCCAAUGCGACAGCUGCCAAUGUCAGUGCAGCGUACAGCAUGGAAGCAGACUUCCAGUAUCACCUCUUCACUGUCAUCUACAGCAUUGUCUUUGUGCUGGGCCUCAUAGAAAACCUCUUAGCCCUGUACCUGCUGUCCUGCAAAGUCAAGCACAUCUCCCAUUCCUACGUAUACAUGAUUAACCUGGCCCUCGUAGACACCUUGUUUGUUUGUGUGUUGCCUUUCAAAAUUCAUUACCACCUGCAUCAGAACAACUGGAUCUUUGGGGACAUGGCCUGCAGGGUAACYGGGACUUUGUACUAUAUGAACAUCUACCUGAGCAUUGCCUUCUUCACCUGCAUUUGUGUCGAUCGUUACAUUGCAGCGCUGCACCCCUUCACUUACAUCCAGAUCAAAGUCUCUCACUAUGUGAUAGUGGUCGCAGUGCUGUGGAUGGUAGCUCUAAGUGUCAUGGUUUCACUCAUCCUUGGAGGUCCCCUUCACAACAAUGGCAUGGAGAACAAAAUAGCCUGUUUUGAGAAUUUCACUACCUUUAGCUGGACUUACCGCAUGGCAUCUUACAACAUCCUGGCCUUAGUUUUUGGCUUUGUGAUCCCAUUUUCCAUCAUCCUGAUCAGCUACCCUCUCAUUGCCAAGAGGAUCUCCCAGAUCAAACACAGCAUCCGCAAGAGAAAAGCCCUGUGCACGAUCUACAUCAUCUUGUUCAUUUGCACCUUCUGCUUUCUCCCCUAUCAUCUCACUCACUUGCUCCACUUUUUAAUGAGAAUCCAGGUCAUCCAGAACAAGCUGUUUACCAACCUGAUCUACAAAAUGCGAAGGAUCACCUUAGCUCUAGUCAGUUUGAACUGCUGCUUCAAUCCACUCUUAUACUACUUCAGUUCUUCCACCAAACACUGGCACUUCAACUUCAAGCUCAGAUUCAGGUCUAAAAUGGUCUACACGAUCUGUGAUCAGAAGUUCGGAAACUGCUCUUACAUUUACAAGCUAGAACAGAGGCAGGGAAAUAUGAAGCACGGAAAUGGAAUCAACUGACAUACUUCAAAACACCUAACUUCUGAGAACGGCUGGGUUUUCCACCUKCUGAACCGAAGACUGUUUCAUCACGGAAAAAAAUGAUCAUUUAUGGGUUAUCAGAGCAAGCAGAAAGCCACCAACCUAGCUGAAGAACCUGCUUAAAAGCCAAUGGUUAUUUAGAGACRUGGUUUUGGUAACUCACUGCUCUGACCUGUCCCAUGUCACGCACAGAUAUAUAAAAUACACAUAUAUGUGAUUGCUUCCUGGCAUAUGAGAGAGCCGAGAGGAUGAAAACAGAAAGGAAACCCUCGUGGGGCUUGGUAAAGAGGAACAAUGUGUCUAAUGGUGGCAGCGCUAAAUCGAUAUUGCAAUUCAAUGUGCAAAGCAGACCAGAAGCCCCACUGUGACCUUGCCCUCUACGGCACAAACUAGUCUUUAUGUUUUAUGUUAUACACAGUACAUGUUGUGCUGCUGGACCUGGAACAAGAAAUGACACUUACCUUAAGGAGAUAGGGAGUAUGAUUAUGCGUGCAGCAAACAAAGCAAGAGUAGGUCUGAAAUUACUAUAACAUAACUGCAGCUUUGUAAUAGUGGCUUUUGUAUGUGGUAUUAAAUUUCUUAGCAAUUAUUCUUUAAAUGUCUGUGAGAAAAGCUGCAUAACCUCUUAAAGUACUGUUUAUAGUGAUGUUUGUGUUGCUUUGCUUGGCUGGGCUUGGUAAGACCUUAGAGAAUGUUUGUACCGAAAGCCUUGUACCGCUGCCUCCAUUAAACUUAUAUUUUGUCUUUUAAUUCUGAAAAGGUUGGAGUAGCUUUUAAAGCUUCUUCUUUUGACCCCAUGGGCCUAYUCCAGACUUUGUAUUCCCUGUAAGGCUAUCACUGAUACUAGUUUUGCAUAACAUGUGAGCUGAAUACUCCUGCUCACAAAUCUGAAACACUUCAAAUGAGCUGUUCUGUCCCAGCACAGAAUCCCUGGAACAAGUUCAGGGCAGGAGUGGGUUUGGCACACGGCUGUUGAUACUACU